UAGUUUCGAUGGGAAGCGAAAAUAACGUGUAUCAGAUUCCACCUCCAUUUAACCAAAGAGAAAGAAGAGGACACAAUAGGAGCCAACGCUCAUUCCUAAACUGGAUAGACCAGUUGGAGCAGGUCAAGGCAAAGUGCCAGACUUGUCAAAGGAUACGAAGACAGACGCCGACUCCUUCAUGUAGGGCGUUAAAACGUGCCCUACGAGGAGACGUCCGUGGCAUUACGUGGGACUCCAAGCUCGAGUGCACGAGACAGAAAAAGGAAAAAAGGGAUGAGAAGCAUUUUGACUGGAGUCUGGCUGUCUACGGCGACGCUGGAGCUGCAGUGACGGCAAAACGGCGGAGGAGGUGGAGAGGCGGCCAGGAAGAGAGGAGAUGGAGGUUUCCUAUGGAAAUGAAGCUAGCAGGAAACCAGAGAAGGGAGGGGCCAGGGAUGGAGCCGCCCGUGUCACCUGACCACAGCAGCACACAGGAAGUAAGAGCAGAAGGUGGAAGACAGCAGGUCCAGAGGGAGGAGACGAUAACAUUUUCCUGCUUAUCUGUCAACGAGAAGAGACUAUGUGGAAGGCCAGUAAAAAUGUCAGGUACUCGCUGUGCGGAGCGUCAACUCAAGAGUUCCAAACAACGAGCCUUGCGGACUUCCUCCAUCCUGGAAAAGAACAGGGAGAAGUCGGUAGAAGAACCUCGGGGGCCUGGGAUCUUCUUCUUCAUCGGAGGAGCCAACGGAGAAGAAAUAGUGAGCAGGUACUGCGAGAGCAGAGGGUGGAAGAGGAUUCACAACAAGCACAGGGAGGACUUCAGGCUCAAGUGGUGUGAGAUCAAAUCAUCAGCCACCUACAGCAGCUUCAGAGAAGGUAAACAGUUGGUUUAUCAAAUCCCCAACAACGCGGUGCUCACCACGAAGAUCGGCCUCCUCAGCAGUCUGCGGGAGUACGAGCGAGUUAGCAGCAAAGUCAAACACGGUCAGGGACGCAGGAGGCUGAAAAUGGAAACGUUUAUUCCCACAACUUUCCGCAUGGAUGUGAGGGAAGAGAGGGAGGCUUUCUUUUCCCAACAGGACGGUUUGACCGUGAAUGAGGGCUGCAUCUGGAUCUGCAAGCCCACGGGCCUGAACCAGGGCCGAGGAAUCUUCCUGCUCAGGAGCCAGGAGGACGCGGCAGCUCUCCGGCUGAAUCUGCAGCGCGUGGAGGACGGCCAGGCCAACAAGAGGCCGAGCCGGCGCCAGGCUCAGGCCCUCAUCGUCCAGCAUUACAUCACGAAUCCACUUCUUCUGGGAGGGAGGAAGUUCGACGUGCGCUCCUACCUGCUCAUCGCCUGCACGGCUCCUUACAUGGUCUUCUUCCGCCACGGAUACGUGCGGCUGACCUGUGACGUCUACGACCUCGGCUCCAGCAACCUCUCCGCCCACCUCACCAACCAGCACGUGCAGAAGCAGAACCCUCAGUACGGCCGGCUGAAGGAGGACACGGUGUGGUCCAUGGAGACCUUCAACGCCUAUGUCAACGACAGGUUUCGGGUUGCCAAGGGCCUGGAGAGGGACUGGGUGCUGGGAGCCUUUGCCAAGCGCAUGCAGAAGAUCAUGACCCAGUGUUUCUUGGCGGUGAAGUCCAAGUUGGACUGCCGUCUGGGGUUCUUUGACUUGAUCGGCUGCGACUUCAUGGUCGACAAGGACUUCAAGGUGUGGCUGCUGGAGAUGAACUGUAAUCCAGCUCUGCACACAAACUGUGGGGUUCUGAAGGAGGUGAUACCCAGCACCGUCGUGGAGACGCUGGAUUUAACCCUGGAGAUCUUCAGCAAGUGUCGUCGCGGCCAGGCGCUGCUACCGUUGGACCGCCAGAGAGAGUUUGUGCUGCUGUAUAACGGAGCUUCAACUCCUGGUUCUGCUCUGGCCUGCAGCCGGAUCACGGCCUGCAAACGGCACGGCCAGAAAACCACCAACAAGAGCCGAAAGAGCAAACCCAGGAGGAGUAGGAGGGUGGCACUGGUCUCCCCUGGUAACCAUACAAAUGCCCCAGUAAGAGGUGAUGGAAGGAUGCUUUACAAGUCGGGCUGCUCCAUCACCUCACCGCUCCGCCGAAACAGUGAGGGCUCACUUCUGCACAGCAGCAGCAGCAGCAGCCUGCAGACCACUGGGGGCGAAACAAGCAAAGACAAGAGCAAGCUGAUGAAAUGUGCUCUGCAGCGUCAUUCAAAAGCUACAAACGAUGCAAAGCAGACAAAGACUGAGGCGGCCGUCCCCGCGGACGCCACGCCUACCGCACGGACACAGAGGAGAGAAAAAUGACACAUAGACUACAC